AUGUCGUUUAUGAUUACGGUGGCAGUGCUCGUAAUCGGGCUUUUACACUUUGUCAAGAAAGUGGUAUUUCCUCCAUGGAAUUUUCCCAGAAAUAUACCCACAAUUCCAUUCUAUGCGACUCUAUUGACAACCCUUUUUGAUAUGGACCAAAAAGAGUUCUAUGACCAUUAUAUUAGGGAACAAAUGGAGAAGCAUGGUGCGGUUAAAAUAUAUUUCGGUUCAAGGUGGAAUAUUUUGAUUAGCAAGCCUGAGCUUUUAUCGCAGAUAUUCCGGGACGAAGAUACGUUUGCCAAGAGUGGGAAUCAAAAAAAGAUUCCAUACUCUAUUCUUGCACAAUAUACAGGUGAAAAUGUUAUUAGUGCUCAUGGUGCAACUUGGAGGACUUUCAGAAAUAUAAUGAACAAAGGACUUCAGACAUUCAAUACACAACCAAUGAGUGAGAAUGCAGACAAAUUCAUCUCUAUAUUAAAGGAAGAGAUGUCAGAUCAAGGACCUGAUAUUCUAAUGCCAAAUAUACUCCAGCGUUUAGUUCUUGCUAAUAUCGCCGAGGUUACUUUGGGUUUUGAUAUUGGAACCCUAAAAAUUGGAGAACAAUCAGAAUUACAAGCUCAGUUAAAAGAAGUUAAGAAGCACAUUUUUGCUCCAUUUUACUUGAAUUUCCCAUUUCUAGACAGUUUGCCAAUACCAUCACGCCGCAGGGCAAGAAAGUUAGUCGCUGAAUUCAGAGAUAAUGUCUUAGCUGAAGUGCGUAAGAAUAUGGUUGAGAACUAUAAUUACGAACAGACAUCUUACGCUGCGUCACACUUGAUAAAAGCUCACGAACUUGGUGAGAUUACAGAAAAACAGCUAAAGGAUAACAUAAUGAUUUUGUUAAUAGCAGGUCAUGAAAACCCACAAUUAUUAAUAACUUCAUGUUUGUAUUUGUUAGCAAAAUACCCUGAAUGGCAAAAUCAAUUGAGAGAGAGGGCAUUGGAAUUGACAGAUGAACAGCUACAUGAUUGCGCAGAAUUUAAUCAGUUUUUAUUUGAGACUGUUAGAAUUAUGCCUCCUCUAAGUCAGAUUGUUAACAGACUGACUUCGAAGAAAUGCGUCCUAGGAACUGACAUCGUCCUUCCAAAGAACGUUUAUGUAGGAUAUCAGGUCUAUGGAACUGGAACUUCAGAAAAGGUGUGGGGUGCAGAUGCAGCUGAGUUUAAGCCUGAAAGAUGGGGUAAGACGAACGAACAGAUACAUGAAGCAUGGAGACGUGCCAAGAAUAGCAGUGCAAUGGGAGCAUUCCACGGCGGUAGAAGAGCUUGCUUGGGGGAAAGGUUAGGCCUAGUAGAAAUGAGAAUCACGAUGGCACAUAUGUUACGUGAAUUAGAAUGGAAGCUAAGUCCAUCUUGGCGAGACAAAGUCACACCUGCGGGACCACUUUGUCCAUUUAGUUUGAGAUUAGUUUUCAACGAAUAUAAGCAGGCAUCUUAA